AUGAACCACUUACAUUCAGUAAACUUUUCCGCCUACCCUCUCUUAUAUUCAGUAACCUACUCCGCACCCCCUUCUUACAUUCAUAACUAUCUCCACCUACCUUCUCUUGCUUUCAUUAACUUUCUCUCUCUCCUACCUCCUUUUACAUUCAGUAACCCUCUCUGUUUACCCCUCUUACAUUCAGUAACCCUCUCCGCCUACUCCCUCUUACAUUUAGUAACUAUCUCCACCUACCUUCUCUUGCUUUCAUUAACUUUCUCUCUCUCCUACCUCCUUUUACAUUCAGUAACCCUCUCUGUUUACCCCCUCUCAUAUUCAGUAACCCUCUCCGCCUACUCCCUCUUACAUUUAGUAACUAUCUCCACCUACCUUCUCUUGCUUUCAUUAACUUUCUCUCUCUCCUACCUCCUUUUACAUUCAGUAACCCUCUCUGUUUACCCCCUCUUACAUUCAGUAACCCUCUCCGCCUACUCCCUCUUACAUUCACUAACUUUCUCCUUUUUACAGACACUUCCCUUAACCUCCGCUGCUGCUGCUGCUGCUUCUUCUUCUUCUUCUUCUUCUUCUUCUUCUUCUUCUUCUUCUUCUUCUUCUUCUUCUUCUUCUUCUUCUUAUUAG